AGAGCAACCGGAAAAGUUGGAGGGCUCGCGCGCCAUCCCCGCUUCAUGAAUGGCCGGACCAUGGAGGAGAUGCCAUUCGAAAGAGUCAAGACCCGGCGGAGGAAGGGUCACUGCCCGGCCGGCGCGCCCCUGGGCGCCAUCGCCUGCGAGGACGAGUUCAACAGCCAGGAGCUGGAGGCUCUCUUCCAGAACUACAACCUGAAGCUGGAGCAGACCGCCACCCUCAAGGCGCUGGCGGUGCUCAUCGUGGCCGCGUCCUCCCUGUCCCUGGUGGAGCUGCUGUCCAGCCCGCGGCUCACCUUGUCCAAGGGCUCGUACCCGGUGCACUGCGUGGUCUUCCUGUCCCUCUUCAUCGUCACCAACGUCAAGUACCUGCAGGUGACGCAGCUGCAGCAGAUCGCCAAGCUGGCGCUGCUCUUCAGCUUCACCUUUGCGCUGCUCUGCUGCCCCUUCCCGCUGGCGCUCGGCACGCCGGAACAGGUGGUGGCCGCGGCCGAGCAAGGCGUGUGGCAGCUCAUGCUGGUCACCCUCGUGGCUUACGUGCUGCUGCCGGUGCGCACGCUGCUGGCGGUGCUGUUCGGCGUCAUGCUGGCCGCGUCCCACUUCAUUGUCAUCGCCACGUCGGUCACGGGGAGGAAGCAGAGGCUGUGGAGACCGCUGGUGGCCAACGCGGUGCUGUUCACCAGCGUCAACCUGUCGGGGGUGUUUGUGAGGAUCCUCACCGAGCGCACCCAGAGGAAAGUCUUUCUCCAGGCCCGCAACUGCAUCGAGGAGCGGCUGCGACUGGAGGACGAAAAUGAGAAACAGGAGCGUCUGCUAAUGAGCCUCCUGCCCAGGAACGUUGCCAUGGAGAUGAAGGAGGACUUCCUGAAGCCGCCUGAGAGGAUCUUUCACAAGAUCUACAUCCAGCGUCACGACAAUGUCAGCAUCCUGUUUGCAGACAUCGUGGGCUUCACCAGCUUGGCCUCUCAGUGCACGGCCCAGGAGCUGGUCAAGCUGCUCAACGAGCUCUUCGGGAAGUUCGAUGAACUGGCCACAGAGAACCACUGCAGGCGCAUCAAGAUUUUGGGCGACUGUUACUACUGCGUGUCGGGUCUGACGCAACCGAAGGCCGACCACGCCCACUGCUGUGUGGAGAUGGGCCUGGAUAUGAUUGACACCAUCGCGUCAGUGGUGGAGGCGACGGAGGUGGAUCUCAACAUGCGCGUGGGUCUGCACACAGGCCGGGUGCUGUGCGGCGUGCUGGGCCUGAGAAAAUGGCAGUACGACGUCUGGUCAAACGAUGUCACGCUGGCGAAUGUGAUGGAGGCCGGAGGGCUGCCUGGCAAGGUGCACAUCACACGGACCACCCUGGAGUGUCUGAACGGAGACUACGAGGUGGAGCCCGGCUUCGGCCACGAGAGACACGCUUUCCUGCACAAGCACCACAUCGAGACCUUCUUCAUCGUGCCGUCGCACCGACGCAAAAUCUUUCCUGGUCUUAUUCUGUCAGACAUCAAACCAGCUAAGAGGAUGAAGUUCAAGACGGUGUGCUACCUGCUGGUGCAGCUCAUGCACUGCAGGAAGAUGUUCAAGGCCGAGAUCCCUUUUUCCAAUGUCAUGACCUGCGAGGACGACGACAAGCGGAGGGCCCUGCGGACGGCGUCGGAGAAGCUGAGGAGCCGGACGUCCUUCUCGGCCACCGCCGUGCAGCACUCGCCGGGGACGCGGGUGAACCGCUACAUCGGGCGGCUCAUCGAGGCGCGGCAGACCGAGUCGGAGACGUCGGACCUCAACUACGUCACCCUGUUCUACAGGAGCCGCGACAGGGAGCGCAGGUAUCACCAGGUGUACGAUGACCAUUUCAUCAGCGCAGUGGUUCUCUCGCUGAUCCUUGCUGCUCUGUUUGGCCUUAUCUACCUGCUAAUGAUCCCACAGGGGAUGCUGGUGCUGCUGCUGCUGGUGCUGUGUGUGUGUUUCCACGUGGCCUGCGUCAUGUACCUGCAUCUCACCAGCGUUCAGUGCCAACCAGGCUGCCUCACCAUCCAGAUCCGAACGGUGCUGUGCAUCUUCCUCGCUCUGCUCACCUACUCGGUUACCCAGGCCUGUGUGGUGGGCUGUGUUCCCUGGAGCAGGGUCUGGUUUAACUCCAAUCGCUCCGUGGACGACGUCCCCCCCGAGGCCCUCGGGUUCGAACCCGCCAACGACACCGUGGUGGACCGAGUCUGCCCCAACAUGGCGUACGCCCUGCUGUCCUGCGUGGCCGGCACGCUCACCGUGGCGCCCUACCUCCGCGUGUCCUCGCUACCCAAGAUCCUCCUGCUCCUCCUGCUGUCCGUCACCUACACUGUCGUCAUGGAGACCAGCGGCUACCGCCAGGCAGUGGGGGGCGGCUUCCUCCAUGCACAGGGUUACGAUCCUGUUCUGGCUGUUCUGCUGUUUUCGGGAGCUUUGGCUCUUCACUCUCGACAACUGGACCUCAAACUGCGGCUCGACUAUCUCUGGGCAACUCAGGCGGAGGAGGAGAGGGACGACAUGGAGAAGGUGAAGCUGGAUAACAAGAGGAUCCUGUUCAACCUGCUGCCGGCUCACGUGGCUCAGCACUUCCUCAUGUCCAACCCCAGGAACAUGGAUCUGUACUACCAGUCCUACGCUCAGGUCGGCGUGCUGUUCGCCUCCAUCGCCAACUUCAACGACUUCUACAUCGAGCUGGACGGGAACAACAUGGGGGUGGAGUGUCUGCGGCUGCUCAACGAGAUCAUCGCAGACUUCGAUGAGCUGAUGGAUAAGGAGUGCUACAGGGAUAUCGAGAAAAUCAAAACCAUCGGCAGUACGUACAUGGCUGCUGUAGGGCUGGUUCCUACCACGGCCUCCAAGGCGAAGAAAUCCAUCACCUCUCAUUUAUGCACAGUGUCUGAUUUCGCCAUCGAGAUGUUUGACGUGCUGGAUGCCAUCAACUACCAGUCCUACAACGACUUUGUCCUCAGAGUAGGCAUUAACGUGGGCCCGGUGGUGGCCGGAGUCAUCGGAGCCAGGAGGCCUCAAUACGACAUCUGGGGAAACACGGUGAACGUGGCCAGCAGGAUGGACAGCACCGGCGUGCAGGGGAAGAUUCAGGUGACCGAGGACGUCUACCGCCUCAUCACCGACUACUACGACUUCGUGUGCCGCGGCCAGGUCAGCGUGAAGGGCAAAGGUCAGAUGCUGACGUACUUCCUGGAGCGCCGCAGGCAGGCCGGCCGUCCGUCUCAAACGCAGCAGCAGGCGCAGCCGCCGCCGGCUAACUCCGAGCGCCGCUCCAGUGCCUUCGCGCAGGGCAGCGUGUGCACCAGGCUGAGCCCCGCCCCCACCGUCACCACCUACGCUUCGGCCGCCCGCACCCCGAGUCCGAGCGCGGCCAAGCCGAGCACCUCCACCAGCACCACCCGGUACCUGCCCUCUGUUCCCAUCGCCGCGGUGUGACAGACGCCGCUUCUGUGGCGGGAAACCAGAAGAAGAGAGUGGAGGUGGACGGAAAAGGCUUAUUGAG